AUGACCAAUUGCAAAAUCUUGAUUCCAAUGAAUUCCUCAUCACUUUCUCGUUGCGGCAGUGUUGAAAUGGUGCUCGGCCGCGAUGCGGCUCUCGAGCCACUUAAAGAUGCAUGGGAUCGAAAUCCCCAAUUCAGCGCUCAAUUGCUCGAGGCGCUUGAUGAUAGCAAUGAUGAGGAAACACGAGAAGUUUCUUUUACAAGAGAGGCUUGCAGAACGGAUUCAUUAUAUAAAGUUUAUUUUGAUCAUAUCAACGCUGGUAGAUUACAGUUUGCAAUUUUCUUUCUUGGAGCAUUAUGUUUGUGUGAAUCGGCUCUACAUGCAUUAAACGCAUCGUGGGCAUUAUUUUCUGUGCUUAUUCUCGUUUGUUUUGCACUCGUUGGGACCGCGUUGGGUUAUGAAGGAAAUCCACAAUUUCUCUCAGGCAUUCUUAUCGUCUGUUCAGCGGUAUUUGUUUUUUGUGCGCCGACUCAUCUCCAUUCGUCGGUGACAAUUUUAGUGAUCUUUCUCACCUAUACACUGCUGCCUUUACCGCUGUUUCCAACGUUAGGAGCGGCACUUUUUGUUUCUUUAACGGGUCUCGCCAUUCAUUUUUUCGCCUUCAAUGCAGUUAAUGAUUUUGUUGCUGAUGCAUUACUUUUUCUUGGUUGUAAUGUCGUCGGUUUCUUUGCAUACUAUCCAACAGAAUUAUUGCAAAGGAAAACGUUUCGAGAGACCAGGAAAUGUGUGGAAAUGCGAAUGCUUUUGUGCCGAGAAUACAAUAAACAAGAGCAAGUUCUGCUUUCCGUUUUGCCGAAACACAUCGCUUAUGAGGUGAAAAAAGAUAUGGAUGGUCAGGGGGAUGAAGAUCGAAUGUUUCACAAGAUUUAUAUCAGAAAGCACGAGCAUAUCAGUAUUCUUUUCGCGGAUAUUUGCGGCUUUACCAAUUUGGCCUCUGAGUGUUCGGCGGAGGAUCUUGUGAAGUUGCUGAAUGAGCUCUUUGCUCGAUUUGAUCGGCUCGCUUUUCACAAUCAUUGUAUGCGAAUCAAGAUUCUUGGCGAUUGUUAUUAUUGCGUUUCCGGUCUUCCAGAGUACAGAUCCGAUCACGCAGUUUGUGCCGUGCAAAUGGGUAUCGAAAUGAUUGAGGCGAUCAAACUAGUGAGAGAUGUGACCAGUACAAAUGUGAACAUGCGAGUGGGCAUUCAUUCUGGAAAGGCUCACUGCGGUGUGUUAGGGCUGAAGAAAUGGCAAUUCGAUGUGUGGAGCGAUGAUGUAACGCUUGCAAAUCACAUGGAAAGUGGCGGAUUGCCUGGCCGAGUUCACAUCACGAAGGCUACUCUGGACGCUUUGAAUGGCGCUUUUCAAGUAGAACCGGGAAAUGGUCGAGAACGAAGUAAAUACUUGGCUGAGCACAAUGUGGAUACAUAUCUGAUUGUGGAAAAUGAUAGUCAGGAGGUGAUCCCUCAUCAACAAGGAGUACGACAGAAAGAAGAUAAAGGACUAAGAACGAUGGGUGUCAGUACUGGAGGAAGUGGACUCAAGAGAGUGCAAAGUAUUAAACGAGGAAUGGAGGCCGAACCUUUGGAUAAAGUUGUCGAAAACUAUUUGAUGCAAGGAAUCCAGGCGAUCAACAAAGCAACGUGGCGAAAGCAGUACUGUAAAGGACUCACUCUUCGUUUUCGACAAGAUAUUGUUGAAAAUAAAUUCUCACAACAAAAAGAGUCAUCAAUUGUUGUACAAGUUGGAUGUUAUCUCCUGAUCUUUGUGCUCUGUGCCACCGUUUUUGUCAUCGGAAAUAUGGGCUCUUUGCUUCUUUUCGGAACGAUUGCCGUUGCUGGUGGAGCUCUUUUCAUUCUCAUUCUCUAUUCAGCGGCCACCACAAUUGCGGAAUUUCGCAAUCGCAACAGAAAAUCGGCUAUAAAGCACAAAAAGCGAGAUGUUGCGUAUUGUGUUCGCAUUUUUCUAAUCUAUUUUCUCAUUCUCACAGCGCAUUUCUUUUUAAUCUACAUCAUAACGCCGACUUUCAAUGAGAAUUGCUCGUUUUCGUGUAACUCAAAUGGUUCAACGUUGAGCUCAAACUGUCACGGGACACCGCCAAGGGUUCACACCGAGCUCAUUUUCGACACAAACCUAUUGCUCCUAAUCUCGACAUGUGUCUUUUUGGCGUUGCUUACCCCAACAAAAGUCAUUAUCGUGCUGAUUGUGUGUGCUGUCGGGUUGGUGUUUGUGUGGACGCAUUCAAGCUUUCCCCAACUCGCAAAUCGGCAAUUUCAACUUUGGAACGAAUCGGCUGCUAUGGCGAACCUCUACGCGGUUGGGACUACUCAAAACAUCAGCUUUCCAUUGACUCUGCACCAAAAAUUGGAACUCUUUUGCGAAUCAACAAGAUUUCACGAUGAUUUCCGAAUCCCACUCACUGUGUUGGUGAUCUUUACAGUGGUGUUGAUUGUGAUGCAAAGUCGUCGAAGUGAGAUGAUUUCUCGAUAUGAUUUCAUCUGGAAAUUGCAGGCUUUGGAUGAGCAAUUGGAAAUGAAAAAGCGACAUGCCCAGAAUCGACAAGUUCUCGAGAAUGUUUUACCGUGGCAUGUCGUCGAACAAUUUCUUUGCGAUAAAGGAAAAAAUGAUCUUUACAAUGAGGCUCUACCAAAUGUCUGCAUCAUGUUCGCCACGAUAACAGAGUUCAACAAGUUCUACAUGGAGUUGGAUGGGAACAACGAAGGAGUUGAGUGUCUUCGGCUGCUCAAUGAGAUUAUUAGCGAUUUCGAUCAGCUGCUAGACGCGAGCGAAUUCAAAUGCAUUGACAAGAUCAAAACGAUCUCCACAACUUAUAUGGCUGCUUCAGGGCUCACCGGAAAAGUCGAGGGUGAUGGCAACGUGGUCGCUGUGGGAAAUUUCGCGAAAAAGCUUUUGAAGACAAUUCGCCACAUUAACGAGCACAGCUUCAACAAUUUCAAUUUGCGAAUCGGGAUCAAUAUGGGCCCAGUGGUGGCUGGAGUUAUCGGUGUCCGCAAGCCUCACUACGAUAUUUGGGGAAACUCGGUGAAUGUGGCGAGUCGAAUGGACAGCAGUGGAGUGGCUGGGAAAAUUCAGGUGACUGAAGAGAUCAAGACAAUUCUCGAAAAGAGAGGCUUCGAAUUCGAAUGUCGUGGAGAGAUCAACGUCAAAGGAAAGGGGCUCAUGCGAACGUAUUUCAUGAAGUUGGAUGACGAUGACGAGAGCAUUCGAACCAACAGCGGUGAUGAUAUGUUU